UUGUAUAACGGUACUGAUUGUAGGAGAACUGAUCGACUAUCGAUCGCUUCGUUCCUAUCGUCGUUGUCAGCGUUUCGUUGUCGACCACCAUAGCCAGGCGGAAACUGUGUCGCACUCUGUGUCAGGCGUAGAUGGGUAUAGCCGCGGGGAAGGUGCGGGAAGAUCGAAGUGCUUCGGCAGCAGAGCGGCAAGCUGGAGAGGAGAGAAGGGCCGAGGAGGGCCGUCGCACGAGAUUGGACCUCGGAUCGUCGAGGAGGCGCUACCGGGAGGCAGACAGGCGCCGCGGCGAUCGGCGAAACUUCUCCACCAGCAUGCGCCACGUGGCAGGUGGCCAUCAACCACGCAGAACCCGUCACAAGUUCAGGCCGAGCUACGUGGACGGUGUCCACACCUACUCGUCGUCGGAGUCACGGAGGAGAGAGCUGGAGGACGAACGUGCCUAUCAGGUUGUCUCGGACGGCGACGCUGCCCGCCGCAGGGUUUGGCGGGAAAGUCGCGGGGAGAGCUCAUCCAGGGAUGAAAGCGAUCGGGUCGCAGUGACGGAACAUCGACCACGUCACCGAAGGUCAGGCGACCGCGAUAGAGAAACUGCCAAGGACCAUCCUCGCCAUCGAAGAUCAGGGCGUGACGGAAGCGGUUGUGCAGGCGAGGGCCACGAUGGAAGGAGAAAGCUGCGCGACUAUGAUUGCACGGAGAGGACAGGUGGCAAGUCAUCGUCUUCCGGUAGCCGAAAGGGCCAUGGCAAGUCGGAGGAGGAAGAAGAGGUAGGAGAAACAGAGGGGCGAACUGAUCGCCGCGGGCAUGGCAAGCGGUACCGAUUGACGGCGAGUGGAUGUGAGUGUGGCGACGAGGUUUUGCCACGUGGCAGAUCCGGCGCCAAAGGAAACCUAUCUGCGCACGAAGAUGACGAUGGCAAAGCGCCGUUUUGUGAAGCUGGAGGAAGGAAUAUCGCGCAGACUUCAACGUCAUCACAAGAGCCAGUCCGAGCUGGUGAACAAGCGAUUGAUGGGCAAGCGGAUGACGAUGGUUAUGGCGGAUCAAACAUGGCAUUCUUACCGCAGGAUGUGCUGAUGAAGAUAUUUGGCGCGUUGUCGUACAGAGAUGUCCGCGCGGCGAGUGCCGUGUGCAGGGGAUGGCGCAGCGCGGCUGCGCCUAUCCGUGAAGGGGUGCUAUUUCACAAAUGGGGAAAGAGGUUCCGACAUGGCAGGGGUGGUGUGAAGAAGAAUCAGGAAAAAGCGUUGGAUUGUUUCUUGAAAGGUGCAGCGAGAGGAUCAGCUGCGGCUAUGGUGGACGCAGGACUGAUGUUAUGGGAAAGAGAUAGGAAGGAGGAGGCAGUAGGCUGGUAUCGGCGCGCGGCAGAGUCAGGAGACGCCGUUGGUCAAUGUAAUUAUGGGUUGGCCCUACAAGCGGGUGAGAGUGGUGAGGCUCGACAAGAGGAAGCAGUGAAAUGGUUCCAGAAAUCAGCACUGGCAGGAAAUUCCAGAGCGAGGUAUAGUUUAGCACUAUGUUUACAACAUGGUCGUGGAAUAAAAAAGGAUCCUUCUCAGGCGGUUAGGUGGUACUUGCUCAUAGCUGCAAGCGGAAAACAAAGCGCCGUGAAGGCGAUGUACAACGUGGCGCUGUGUUACCAAGUCGGUGAAGGUGUGCAAAGAAACAAGCGUGAGGCAGAGAAGUGGAUGAUGAAAGCUGCAUUUGCGGGACACUCGAGGGCACAACUCUGCUAUGCGGAGCAGAUGAAGGAUCACGAUCCAGUGCGGUCAUUCAUUUUCUAUGAGCUUGCGGCCAGGGGUGGCGAGGCAUCUGCUGCAGUUCAACGUGACGACUUGGCACAGCAACUCCCUCAAUCAUGGGUUCAGCGGGCGUUUCAAGCAGCAAAUGAUUUCAAAGUACAGCGGGACGAUGGGUUAGUUACCCCUCACGCCGAACGGUCUUCUUCCAGACGGCAGCACUAAUUUGCACACGUCUUGCGACUCUUGCCAAAGGCGACGGAAGGAUGCGAGAACAGGUGAAACUGCACACAUUGCACAGAGGGCAAGGAACAGCAAUCCUUCGUUGUACCUGGCUGAUACAAGCCCAAUUGUGGAGCCCCAUGAAUCUUGGUAGAUGAAGAAUAAGCUGAAGGGAGCCAAAAAGGUUGCGACUCUUGCGAGAGAAAAAGGAAUGAAAUUUAAAUCUCAAGCCAUGGAAGUUCAAAUUUCUUGUGCGGUGUGCCUGCUUUUCUGUUGGAUCUUCGUCAGAUAUGUACAGACUCGGCUAACGAUUAGGGCAAUACUCACACUAGGACUUUUUUUCAACUAAGCUCUGGACGUGAUUGUGGUCAGAUUCAUCCAGGUCUGGGUGUAAUUGUGGUCAGAUACAUUCAAGAAAUUGCCAGUGUGAGAUACCACACCCUUUAGAUGAAGUGGCUUGGUCAUGCUUUUUCAAUUACUUUGCCUGGCGACUUUUCAACUUUUCUUACCAUCUAUUCAGGCGGAAGGUUGAGUGCACGUCUUCCAAGAGCGGUCUCUCAGCGGUUAGAAUGGUGACAUGCAAAGGUUAAUAUGUUUUGUUUUGUUUUUUUGGUGCACAGGUUAAGAGUUUUUUUUUUUUUUUUGACAUCCCCUCCAGUGUUAGUGAUGCUGGUACGAGCAGACACCACUAGCACCGGGGGAGAGGCUCCAUCUAUUAGUGGGGAGCAUCAUCUGCUGGAAAACGGGUCCAGCAUCCCUUAUACAGCAUGAACUUAGAAUACAUCAGGAAAGCGAGUAAGAGAUUCCUGCCAGCAUUGAUUACCCUGGACAUCCAGAGGAUUGACUGAGCAGGAUCUGGGGAUAGGGGAGAGAACCUCUUCGCCCUGAAAUGGGCUCCAGAUACCAACCGCUGCAAACUAGUUCCUCCCUCCCCAAACAGUGAACUGAAGCUGAAAUGAGUACCAAACAAAAACAGUAAACUGCAGCUGACAUA